AUGAUGCUUUACCCGUCCGGUGUUUUCGGUGAAGUGCUAUGCAUGAUAAGCGCUCUGGGCUACUUGUCCAAGGGCGCAUACUCGAUUCAGCUACCUAAUACGUACAACGUCUCCAUCUCGCUCUACAUGAUAGUCAUUCUCGUGCUGCUUGUGUACGUCCCAGGACUUCCUGUCAUGUACAAGCACAUGCUCACGCAGCGCAAUCGUGCUUACUCGAAGCCUAAAAUAGCGUAG